UUGGUUGUCAGUGUGUGAGCAGAAAAAAUAUGGAUGUUUCGAAAAUAUCAACUGUUAUCUAGAAUACAAAAUACUGAAUGGAAUUUUUAAUUACCCUCAUAUUUCUCACUGUUUGACAUAUUCGAGGAAUGAAUUUUUUUUCACCCCUUGUGACAAGAAAAAUAAUAAUAAACAAUUUUUGCAAAUUUAUAUUAAAAACAUGGGUGACGAGUGUAAUAUUAUAAGUCAUAGAAUUGAAGAUUUAGAAAAUUUUCCACUCAAAGAAUUAAUAAAGAACGAGAAAGAAAUUCAUGUGAAAAGACAUGUUCGCGAAUGCCCAUCUGGUGAACCAGGUGAUGAGGAACUUCAAAUUCCAAAUGAUAUCAAAGAUUUCCCAGAGGUAAACGAGGCACAUUCUCAAGAAAACGAAGUUUGUUCUAACGAAAAAUUGAAAUCCAAUUCUCUAACAUUUACACCAGAAUUUAUCGUUGAACGAGAAGAAACAACAAAAGCUAAAGUUUGCUUUGAGAAUGUUGAUUUAAAAUCUCAGGAUGAUCAACUAAAAGAAAUAAUUAAUCCACAACGUCUUAAGAAACCCUUUAGUUUUUCGUUUAAUCCCAUAUUUAAAAAAAAUAUUCCCAAAGUUCAAAACACGACUUCUGAAGAUGCGGUGAUAUCAAUUCCGACAAAUGAGCCAUCAAUGAGAGAAGAAAUGGUGGAAAAUCAACCAAUUCAAUCUCAAAAUUUCUCCAUUAAUUUUUUCAUACGAAAUAGAACUCAAAUUGCUGUUAUCAUUGCCAGCUUUGUCAUUUGUACUGUUCUUAUUGUUUACGUUUACCUUUAGUUUUUUUUUUUUUUUUUUUGUUUUUCUUUUCAUUGACUUAUAAAACAAAAUAUCAAAAUUAUUAAUAAAAUAUAAUACAUA